AUGAGUGCACAACAUGUCGAGGAUAUUGACAAGCCUGGAGUGGUGAUUGAGGUGAAUCCGCUUAACAAGAAUAUGACAGACGAUUCGAUGGCACAUGAGGCACAGGACUUUAUGGAUAAGUUCUUAGAUAUGUCGGAAAACGCAAAAGAUAACGAUAGAAAGGAGAAAUAUAUGCCGUUGAAAGAAGGCCUAAAGACGUUUCCAAAGGCUGCAAUGUGGUCGGUUAUUUUAAGUACUGCUUUAAUUAUGGAAGGAUAUGAUACCAAUCUUUUGAACUCAUUAUACGCAUUUCCAGAUUUCGCCAAAAAGUUUGGAGAGUACAGUGAAUCCGAUGGACUGUAUCAGAUACCUGCUAAAUGGCAAACUUCUUUGAGUAUGUGUGUAAACGUUGGUGAAAUUAUUGGAUUAUUUAUUGCAGGUAUUAUUGCCGAUAGGAUUGGGUACAGAAAGACACUUAUUGGUGCUUUGAUGCUUACUACUGGGUUUAUAUUUAUCGUGUUCUUUGCUGUUAAUGUUGAAAUGUUAUUAGCUGGUGAGCUAUUAUUGGGUCUUCCUUGGGGGGCAUUCCAGACGCUAACAGUUUCGUAUGCUUCUGAAGUUUGCCCCACCACUCUACGGGUAUAUUUGACAACUUACGUUAACGUUUGCUGGGUUUUUGGGCAAUUGAUUUCAUCAGGUAUCCUUCGUGGACUUGUUUCAAGCGAUAUAGAAGAUGUUUACCGUAUUCCAUUUGCUGUCCAAUGGGUUUGGCCUAUUCCGAUUGCUAUAGGUAUCUAUUUGGCUCCCGAAUCUCCAUGGUGGUUGGCAAGAAAGAAUAGAAUUCAAGAGGCUAAACAUUCAAUCAAAAGAUUACUCACAGUAAACGAACAUUUACCAGAUAAAGAAAUCUUGGCUGAAGCAAUGGUGCAAAAAAUACAAAUGACUUUGAAAGAAGAAGCCCUUACAAAUAAUGGAGAAUCAUUCUUAGAUUGUUUUAAGGGUCAAGAUCUUCGUAGAACCAGAAUUGCUGCCAUCGUAUGGGUCAGUCAAAACUUAACUGGUUCCUCGUUAAUGGGAUAUUCAACUUAUUUUUACCAACAAGCUGGCCUUGGACAGAAUAUGUCCUUCACUUUUUCAAUCAUUCAAUACUGCUUUGGUAUAGUCGGUACUCUUGGUUCAUGGUUGCUUUCUCAAAAAGCUGGUAGAUUUACAAUUUAUUUCUACGGGCUCUGCUCUUUGUUUUGCAUCUUAUUUGUUGUUGGAUGUCUUGGUAUCAACCCAACAGAGUCCUCAUCCUGGGGCGUUGGAAGUUUAUUAUUGGUAUACACUUUUGUCUAUGACCUCACUAUCGGGCCACUUUGUUAUUGUAUCGUUGCUGAAAUUCCUUCAACAAAACUUCGUACCAAAACGAUUAUUAUUGCUAGAAAUGCGUAUAAUAUUGCCGGAAUUGUCGUUGCAAUUAUCACUCCAUACAUGUUAAACCCAACUGCUUGGAACUGGAAAGCCAAGACUGGAUUCUUUUGGUCAGGAUUUGCAUUUUUUGCAGCAAUUUGGUGUUGGUUUGAUUUACCAGAAACCAAGGGUAAAACUUUUGCUGAAUUGGAUCAAUUAUUUGAAAAUAAAGUUAAGGCUAGACAAUUCAAGAAAACAGAAGUUGAGGUCUUUAAUACAGACGAGCUUAUUGAAAGGUUAGGAGAAGAUGGUAUCAAAGAUCUUGUAGUUACUGAUGCCUCUAAAGAUGAAUUCUCAGAAAAAGUUUGA